AUCCCUGCAGCACCGGACAGGGCUGCGUCCCUGCAGGAACAGCCGAUCCGACCUGACACGCAUCACACAUCAGACCGGCACAACACAGCACAUCACCAACACAGACAGCUUUCAUUGCUCACUUUCUGACCACAAACAGCGCUCCGGACUGUCAUGGGCAACGUACAGCCUACCAUAGUCCCAUAUGAGGACUUUGAUGUCACAGCUGAUAUCAAGGCUAUCAGAAAAGCAUGUAAAGGUUUAGGGACAGACGAAGAGACCAUUAUUCAAAUCCUGGCCAAUCGUUCUGCCGCUCAGCGUGUGGAGAUCAAACAGGCCUACUUCGAAAAGUACGACGAUGAGUUGGAGGAGGUUGUGAAGAAGGAGCUGACAGGUAGUUUUGAGAAGGCCACCAUGGCCAUGUUGGACCCUCCUCGUGUUUACUUCGCCAAGGAGCUGAGGAAGGCCAUGAAGGGGGCGGGCACAGAUGAAGCGGUGCUGGUAGAGAUCCUGUGCACAGCCACCAAUGAGGACAUCUUGAGCUACAAGGAAGCUUAUGCCCAGGUGAAUGAGCGUGACUUAGAGGCAGACAUUGAGGAUGACACCAGUGGAGAUGUGAGGAACCUGCUGAUGGCACUGCUGCAGGCCAGCAGAGACGAGGGCUAUGAUGUGGAUGAAGAUUUAGCCGAACAGGAUGCCACAUCUUUGUUUGAGGCAGGAGAAGGCAGAUUUGGCACGGAUGAGUCGACCUUCACCUUCAUCCUGACGCACAGGAACUACCUGCAGCUUCAGGCCACCUUUAAGGUCUAUGAGUCGCUUUCAGGAACAGACAUUUUGGACACCAUUGACUCUGAGGCAACAGGAACUCUGAAGGACUGCUACAUUACUCUAGUGAGGUGUGCUAAGAACCCGCAGCUGUACUUUGCUCGUCGUCUUAAUGCUGCCAUGAAGGGAAUAGGCACAGAUGAAGACACACUCAUUCGCAUCAUCGUAGGCCGCUCUGAGAUCGACCUGGAGACAGUGAAGGACAUGUACCUGGAGAAAUAUGAUGUUACCCUGAAAGAUGCUCUGGAUUCAGAAUGUGGUGGGGACUUCAAACGCCUUCUCAUUGAGAUCCUGCAUUAAAACAUCUUACCUUCUUCCUACAGGCCUCAUUUAACCAAAGUGACACAGUCUGUCCUCUGUACCCACUCAUCCUUUCUCCUUCUUCUUCCUCCUCUUUAUACUCCUUUUUACCAGUUUCACUCAUUCACUUUAUGGAAGUCUUUCUAUCUGUCUUUUUUCAUCUCUCACAUCCUAGAGACAGUCAGUUCUCUUUGCAGCAUGGACCAAAAGACAACUCAUUAUUAUAUUAUACAGUGUUUUACACAAUAUAAACGUACAUUCAUAGCCUUUUAAUACACAGUUUUGCCAAGAACAUUACACUAAGUGGAAAAAUCUUACUUCUUUAGCCUAAUAUACAACAGAGGUACGUUGAAUAUGUGUUAUCCUUUUAUUUAUCCAACAUAAUGGCAUCAUUGUGGCACUUUUAUGCACAAUCAGCAGCUCUACAGUCUUUUUGCAUUUCAGCUCUAGUUCCAUUUAAAACAUAUCCCAAAGCUGUAAACAUUAAGAGGUUGCUGCUGCUCCACAUAAACUAUAUAGCCUCUUUUAUUUUUCAUGUUAUUCAUUUCAUGUCAGCAUCAUCCAUUAACUACACUACUAUUUGCCUCAAAGAUGCCUUUCAUAAGAUGGUAGUGAUGCAAUUUUCUUUUUGCUGCAACACUCAACACUUAAGUGCCGAAUUCUCACGUUUGAUCUCUGAUAUCUGAAUGCACCAGAGGAUUAAUUAUACAUGACUACUAUGUUAUGACCCUGAUAUCAAAAGCCUUAACUCUUUAAAGUACACACUAUUGGGUUUUUGUAGUCACAUCCCUAAAUGCUAUGUGGGAUUUUUUAACUUAGAUGGUUUGUAGUCUCGUUUUUAAUCACAACUCACAGUUACACACUUUAUUAGACAGUUGCUUGUGUUCCUGUUGUCAGGCAAUAGAUUUACUAAUACCCAAUAGAGUUAUAGUCCCACAUUGUGUAAAACUUUGAGAUCACUGUGCAUUUAAGAUCAUUAAAUGAUCAUAAAAAAA